GGAUCGCUGUCGAUCGAGAGAUUCAAUAGUUUUAUAAAUUCUACAAAUCUUCUCAAACGCAGUAUACUUUACAUUAAUUAUGAAGAACACUUUUACUAUAAAUGUGUUUGUAUUAUUUUAUCUUCAAUUUCAUUUGUGGGAUGAAGUGAAGGUAGUGUCAGUGAUGGAGGGAGAUUCUGUCACACUACACACUGGUCUUACUGACACACAGAGAUAUGAUCAGAUAGUUUGGACGUUUGGAGAGGACGGCAUUGUUAUAGUGAAAGAUGACAGAGAAGACAAUAAGACCACAUUUACUCAUGAUGAGAUAUAUGAAGACAGACUGGAGCUGAACUAUCAGACCGGAUCUCUCACCAUCACAGAUGCCAGAAUCACAGACACUGGACUUUAUAAAGUAAAGAUCACUGGCAGGAGAAGGACCGUACACAAGGGAUUUAGUGUUACUGUCAGUGGUAUAUCUCCAGGUGGUGUAGCAGGUAUAGUUAUUGUUGUUCUGCUGGUCAUGUCUGGAGCUGUCGGUGUAUUUGUCUCUUUCUAUCGCCGCAGAACCUCUGAAAUAACAAAACAAAAUGAUGUAUUUGUUGAUAAGUCAGUGUCAGUGAAGACGGGAGAUUCUGUCAUUCUACACACUGGUGUUAAAGAAAUACAGAAAGAUGAUGAGAUAACGUGGAUGUUUGAAGACACAUCAAUAGCUAAAAUGAAGGGAGAUCAAACUAUUGAAAAUAUAGAUGACAGAUUCAAAGACAAACUGAAGCUGGACCCUCAGACUGGAUCUCUCAUCAUCAAAGACACAAAAACUGAACACACUGGACUAUACAAAGUAAAGAUGAGACUUCAAGAUGUGACAUCAGCCCAGAUAUUCAUAGUUUCUGAGAGUGAUAAACUGUCUGUGAAUGAAGGAGAUCCUUUCACUUUAAACUCUGGUCAGAAUGAACUAGGAGACAAAGUCAUGACAUGGAGGUUUAAAGACAAACAUAUAGCUACAGUCAGUGAACAUCAGGCACCUGUUUGUGAUGAAGAGAGAUUCAAAGACAGAGUUCAUGUGGAUCCUCAAACUGGAUUUCUGACCGUCACAAACAGCAAAACUGAAGACUCUGGACUUUAUCAACUACAGAUCAGCAGAAACGACAAGACAGGGAAAUCAGAAAGAAAAUUCACUGUUACUGUCCGUGAGAAAUUUAGGAAUGUGUCAGUGAUGGAGGGAGAUUCUUUCACUCUCAACACUGGAGUUGCUUUCAUACAGAGGCCUGAUAUGAUCAAGUGGGAGUUUAAACACAAGUCUAUAGCUGAACUGAUUGGAAAAAGACCUUCUGCUGCUGCUGCUGUUGAUAAAGAUGAAAGAUUCACAGACAGACUGGAGCUGGACCAUCAGACUGGAUCUCUCACCGUCACAAACACCAGAACCACAGACUCUGGACUUUACACAAUGAAGAUCAACUCUGAGGAUUCAGAAUGGAAAUUCAGUGUCACUGUCAGCAGCCGGCUUCCUUGGGAAAAACGUCCAGAGCAGAAAGAAGAAUCCACAGAAAAUACACCAGAAGAGUCAAAGCUGCUAACAAGUCAAGACUCACCCAUCAGAGAGGAGGAGCAGACAGAGAACAGUAAGACGGUGUCACUGAUGGAGGGAGGAUCGUUAUUAAUCAGGACUGGAGAUGCUUUCACACAGAGGCCUGAUAUGAUCAAGUGGAUGUUUAAACACAAGUGUAUUGCUGAACUCACUGGAAAUACACCUGCUGCUGCUGCUGCUCAUGUUGAUGUUGAUAAAGAUGAAAGAUUCACAGGCAGACUGAAGCUCGACCAUUAUACUUUCACCAUCACAAACACCAGAACCACAGACUCUGGAUGUUACACACUGAGGAUGAGAACAGGGGAUUCAAAAUGGGAAUAUAUUUUCAAUGUCAGAGUGCUUUCUAAAAAAAACAAAGGGAAUUUUUCCGAAGCGGCAAACGCAAAGACUGAAUCAGAUCCUUUGUGGUCUGUUCAUGUUGCACAAAAUAACAAGGAAUUGUGUGUAGUGAAUGUGGUUCUGAAACCCUCAAAUGUGCCGGUGUCCCGUCCGGCACUCCCGGCCCGGUGUCCCGUCCGGCACUCCCGGGCCGGUGUCCCGUCCAGCACUCCCGGGCCGGUCCCGUCCGGCACUCCCGGGCCUCUCCAGCCAUGGUCCGUUCCGGCAGUCCUCCAGGGGACUAGGACAGUUCCUCCAAGGACUUCCCCUGUCAAGCCCUCUGGGGCUCCGCGCUCUGGCGUGCCCCCACGGGCUAGGACUUCCCCACCCAGCCCCUACCCUUUUGGACUGCCCCCUAGGAACUCUUGUUUUGCCCCACCACCCCUCCCAUGUCUGUUGUUUAUAUUAUGCCACCCUAACCCAAGUGUGAUAUUUGCCUGUCUGCCCCUGAUCAUGUUUUCAAUGUUCUGUUGGUUUUUGUCUGUUACCCAGUCUGUCUUGUCUUGUUAGUUACCCCUUGGUGAACACCUGGAGGUGUUCAUUUGAGGGGGGGCUUAUGUCAUGAUUCCGCUAUCAUGUCAUGUUUAUUCUUAUUCUUGCAGCGGAGUCAUGACUAAGUCUAGGGUUUUGUGUGAGAAGGACAUGGCAUGGCUUAGAUAUUGGCUGUCAUGCUCCUUCUCGUGUCUCGUCUAUGGCCCCGCCCCUCUCGUCUCCUCGUUAGCUUCCCUUGAGUGUUUUAUUACCCACACCUGCCUAUUGUAAUUAUCCUUUGUUCGUCUCCCCAUUUAAUGCCCUGGUAUUCUCUGUCUUGUGCUCGUUGGUUACUUGUAACUUUGCUCGUCUGUACUGCUGUACCCAGGAUUUAUACAUACGCUGUGUCCCAGCGUUUCUGCUCCAGCACUCUGUUCCUGAGAGAUUUUGUUACAGUUUGUUACCCUACGUGAGUUUUUCGUUCCUGUUUGGCUGUCUUUGUUUAUCCCCUGUAUUUUACCCCAUUGUGGGUUUUUGUUUUGUGUUUAUUAAAAUCUUUUGUUACCCCGUACCGCUGCCUGCAUUUGGGUUUCUUCUAUCACUUCCAUUUCGUGACACAACCAACCAACCAGA